UAAAAAGCCGUCUGCAUCUCUCGCACUAGAUCCGGCCGAAAAGAAGACCAUCGACGGCUAAAGAAUCCCAAAUUCAACAUGGGUAAGGUUCACGGAUCGUUGGCUCGUGCCGGUAAAGUGAGAGGCCAAACCCCUAAGGUUGCGAAGCAAGACAAGAAGAAGCAGCCCCGCGGACGUGCUCACAAGCGCAUACAAUACAACCGCCGCUUCGUCACCGCCGUUGUUGGGUUUGGAAAGAAGAGGGGGCCAAACUCAUCAGAGAAGUAAGGUGCCCAGUUGUUUGGAGGAUGUUAUUAUGUUUGUUUACAAGUCUUGUUUAGGUUUUUGGUUUUUGCAAUUUAUAUGUUCAUGAAACCCUAUCAAGUAUCAUCCAUAAAUUGAUGUUGUGGUGAUUGUGAUAUUGAAACUUAUGAUUAUGAAUCCAUUUUUGUAAGGGAAAUUUGAGUGUUUGUUUGGUUUGUGAAUUCGAAGGAAUUUGAUGGGAGUUGGAAUGACCAAAUUCUUUGAU